GCCCGUGACGUCACGAGCUGCCAUUUUGACAACGAGCCGAAGGGCCUAGAAUCAGAAGACACUGUGCCAGACCUCUUCAUCUAUACACCACUGUUCGAAAAACACCCAGAAACAAAUCAUGGCAACACACCGGUCAGAAAAAGAAAUGAUGAGGAAUUCGGCUAAGAAGGCGCACACGUGCACUGAUCCCAUGGAGAAAUUGCGUCAUCAAGCUCUGGCGCGUGGUGCUGGCGGUAUUAAGGGUAUUGGCAUAAAAUUCCGGAUCAUGGAUGACAAUGGCGACAAGGCCCUUGAUUUUUCUGAGUUCAAGAAGGGGUUGACUGAGUGCAAGGUUGACAUGACUAACCAGGAAAUGCAGGAAUGUUUCGAUAAAGUGGACAAAGACCACAGUGGAAGCAUUGAUUUUGAUGAGUUCUUACAGUCAUUACGGCCGCCAAUGUCGCAGGCAAGAAAAAGCAUCAUCAACCGAGCAUUUGACAAACUCGACAAAACUGGAGAUGGUGUGGUGACAGUCGAAGAUCUAAAAGGUGUCUACAAUGUUAAGCAUAAUCCCAAAUAUCUCAAUGGAGAGAUGGAUGAGGACCAAAUCUUGACGGAAUUUUUGAAUAGGUUUGAUACGCCAAACGAGGCGGAUGGAAAGGUUACACGGGAGGAGUUUUUGAAUUAUUACACAGGUGUUAGUGCAUCUAUAGACAGUGAUGUGUACUUUGACCUAAUGAUGAGGAAUGCUUGGAAGUUGGGCUGAUACCACACACGGUUUGAUUAGCCUGAGAACAUAGAUUUGUCGAGAGGAAUUCAUUAACUAUUAUUCUGGAGUGAGCGCAUCGAUAGACCAGGACAUUUACUUUACGACCAUGAUGAGAAACGCAUGGAAGCUCAACUGAAUUAGAAAAGACAUUUCAAACAUUGGAAACGUUCGGCUGUGUAUUGAAAAACUUCAGCAUGGUGGAUGAUACUUCAGUCAGUUUGGACACGAUACUCUAGCACACAGUUGAACUGUUUGACGGAAAAUGCCCACAUUCCAUCACCAGUGAAUUUAAUGAUAAAUUUUUAUAUGACCAUCUGAUCCAUUGUGAUGUUUUUAAAAAAUUUCGAAUUGCCAAAAGAAUGAGAUGUGAACAUUUUAAUGCUUACAGUAUCAAGUUUUUUCGGUAUUUUGUCCAGGAGGAAAUAUUUACUUAAAAGUAAGAGGCUUUCAUGAUGAUGUGCCUUGGCACUCAUGAAAUUUCAGCCUGGCAUAAUGUGUGAAACAUUUCGCCUUUUUAAAGUACAGGUACACGGCCAACAAAAUCUAGGGCGACCAAAAAAAUCUUUUAUCUAACUUCUAAGUGGUCCGCAGAGAUGACCAAUUGGUCUCUUUUAACCCGACAGAUUUUUUGUCGCUUCGACUGUUGUACUUAAAGUCGCUUGUGUGCAUUGUACCAGUCCAUUUUAAUGAAUACUCAUAUGAUUCCAUCCGCCUUUACAAUCUGUUUUGUCUUUAAGAUGAUGCCAUCCACCGAUGAUAUUUUGUCCAUUAAACCAAGUACUGCAUUGUCUAAAUGCCAUACUUGGUUAACAAAUCAAGCAGUUUUUUCCGUCCUGAUUAUGGUUGAAGUAUUUUGUUGGGUCUCUUCUCUAGUAUAAUAAUCUAUUGUAAAUUUUGUACAUCAUUCCGCAUUAUCAUUUACAACUCAACUUUCAUAUAACUUCGGAUUAUUUUUGAUAAUGAAAUACAGGUCUUGAAAUCGUCAAGGUUUUUCAUGGCGACGCUUGAUUAAUAUUUAAAAUAUACCAUCUUGGUUCUGUUGUUAUAAUCUUUGACAAAAAAAUUAUGAAAAAAUAUUACAAGACCUGGCGAAUGAGAAGUAAUGUAGGCCUAGCUGGGAAUGUAUCGGUAGAUGUAGGUAAGACCUUGAAGAUUACAAUGUAUCUCCAAAAGGAAAAAUUAGCUGUGAUUUAGUUGCCAGCACAAGUAUACAUUUCUGUAUAUCGGUGUCAUAGAUGUUUUAGCAAUUUCUUAUUUUAAAGAUUGGAGAAUUUUAUUAUGCUGUGUUGACGUGUCUAAGUCAGCUUAGGUGUAUGCCUACACUUAUAUAAGCCUGAUGUACAUGAGUACCCCUCAUUAGUCUAAAACCUGUCAACACAGUACAGGAGUACAGUAUGUUACUUUAGUUCGUAGAUUAUUUUAUUAUUUUGGUAAUGUUAGUUGUAGAGAUUUCGGUAGCUGUAGAUAUAUCAUUUGCUCUUAUGUCACAAUUUGUACAUAUUCAGUUUCUCAUUUAUAUAAUUUUGGCAGCAUUACUCCUGUGAGAUGGCUUUAUUUUUCGCCACUUCCUAGGAGCAUUUGCUGACACAAACCCAUUACUUUAAUACAGGGAUCAGAACUGCAUUAUAGGGACAUAACUAGGUGUUAGUUACCCUUUAUCAGCUUUUCCUAAACAGAAUAUUGAAGUACAUAGUAUUUCAUAUCUUGGGUUAUUUUGUAGACUGGUGUACGUGGGUCAUCGGGAUCCCACUCAACCGAUAAAGCCAACCAGUGGAUUCAUGAUCAGAUCAUGAACUGGAAUCCGCCCAAAUCAUGAAAAGUCCUGCUUCUUUUGAAGCAAAUAUAUCACUUUAUUUAAUAGGGAAGAGAUAUAUUUUCUAAAUUAAUGCAUAUCCUCUGUUAGGGACAAUAUACUUCAGAUUAUGUCUAGACUAAAUCAAAGUUUUCAUAUUUUUAUCAUACUUUCCCAUCUGUAGUUUACCUUUCUGUACAGGCCUACAGGGUAGCCCAAAAUGUGUCCCGAACUAUAGUCAUCAUGGGGCAUCGCAGACAUUGAACCAACCAUUUAAUGAGUGGUGCCUGUAAGAUCAAGUUCUAUUGAAAUAUACAUUGGCACUAAGUUUAACUGCACCAAGUAUUCGAAGGUGGAAGUUGAAAACAAAAUUGAUUAGUAGCUGACUGUAAUUACAAUGUAUAGGGACACUUUUUGAGCUACGCUUAUUAUAAUCUUUCAGCAGAAGUGUAGAAAUCAAUUAUUUAUGUAUGUAAUAAAGACUCUUUUUAUUAA